AUGGCUCCCGAGUUUUUCAUCUAUCUUUUCUUGGGUCUCUGCGAGUUAUUCGUCUCCACCUUCCUCCUCUCCACAGUCGUUUAUCAUUUGAGACUGAGGGAAAAGUACUCGAUUUUCUUAGGUAAGAUUCUUCGCUGAAACUUUGAGAUUCGAGCUCAAACUAACCUCGUUUCAGUAAAGUUCAUAGUGGACAUUGUGGUCGCCUGUCUCCUUCUUCUUCUCGCUUACUUGGACAGACACGCAGACGAACGAAUAUGCGGAGCCACUCUUGUCAUUUCCACGUCCAUUCCACUGCUACAGGUAAGUAGGUUCACAGUUCCUGGUUCGUUUCCAACUGAUCCCACUCGCAGGUGCUUCUCCUGCUGUGCGAGGUGAUCGACUGGUCCCUCGCGGCCUUCUCGCCCGUUUACUUCCACCAUUCCAGUCUGUUCUCUAGAAUUCUGCCGUUCAUCGCCGGAGCCAUUUGCUACGCGAUCAUUUUGACCGCUCUAGUCGUUAUUGGUUAGUUUUGAGUUUUGAAAGUACACACAUACUAGCGACUAGCACCAAAAACAAAAACUUUGCGAGUGAUUACACCGACUACACAAUUUCAGAUGCGACGAGCCAAACAGUCUCGUGCAUAACCUCGCCGGAAGCGUCGGCCGUCACUUCUGCCUACGACUUCUCGCUCGCCAUCACGACAGUCUGCGUCGUCGGACUGGCUCUCCUUCUGCAUCGGAACCUGAACAGUGCCUAUUUCCGUCCGGUUAUGCUCCAUUUCAUCGCCACGCUCUUUCUCGAGGAGAUCCCUCUGCUCAUCUGCAUUCUGCUCAAGUAUUCCAACAGUGUAGGCUCUGUUUCGUCCUCCUCACCAAUCCCUUUUGUUUCAGAGAUCGGCUAUCUUCGCGGCGGACCUCACCAACUGGCUCGUCUGUAUUCAUUCGCUUCUCCACUCUGCCUAUUUCGUGUAUAAUCAUCAGGACUAUCGGGAGGCCGUACACUCGAUAUUUCGGAAAUGGAGGAUAGUCAGGAGUGGUUAAUCUUAGGCUCAGGCUUGAUAAUCAAAUCUUGAUCUCAACUUAUUUAUUUAUCGGUUUCAUAUUAUGCUAAAGUUCAGCGCAAACUUCAAUAAAUCGUCUGAAUCUGUGAGCACCUCCGCCCACAUUCUCGCCCUCCCCUCUCCGUCCCAAAAAUGUUUCCUUCCGUGAGUAUGCUGAGGGCCUUUCGGAGCAAUUCGACGUAAUUGUAAGUGACAUGCUCCGCGAGCACACCUCCUCCUCCUCCUUUCCGGAAAUUCAUCGAGAGAGAGAGAGAGAGAGAGCAACUUUCGGGUUUUUUUCCCUUGACGUUUCGUUUCGUUUCAUACGAGGUGAGAAAGGUGCCAAAGAGUUUGUGUGCUCCGGAAAUGCCGGAUUUGUUGGGGAAUUCUCACCUUCGGCUACGUAGAGUCGGAAUCCUGAUCGGUUUGAUCUUGAAGCUUUCAAAAGAAGCGGCUCAUUAGAAAGGCAUUGGUUUUUUUUCUUUUAAAUGCAAUGAUGAUUUAUGUAAGCUAGCAGUUGUUCCCAUCCCAACCACCGAGAAUACGCUAGUUAUGACCCAUUGAGCGCUUCCUCCAAACACUUCCCCUUGAAAAAAUGAAUAUUCUCUCUCCCCGAAAUAUCAUUUUUCUUGUCGCCCGUCCGUUCCGUUCGAGCAAGUCCCUGGAGCACGCAUAAAAGUGCUCCGUCCUCCAUAUGCCACAUUCCAUUCGUGUGCCACGUCAUUGCUCCUCAAGACACUUUCCGGUGGCCAUUCCGCCUUCCUUCCUUCUUCUUUCCCUUUCUAUAAUACACCUGUUCGAUGCCCUCGUAUCAUCCACAUUUCCAUCAUCAUCGUCUCUCUUCAGCCGCCUCCCCGCCCGACACAUAAUUGCCUUUGAAAGAUGUGUAAUUGUGAGCCCUCUGAAAAUGAGGCACACUCUCUCUCUCUCUCUCUCUCACUCACAAUUUCCAUCUUUCUGUGUGCGCGCUCAUUAUUUGGAUACUGAAUGAGUGAGGAGAAGGUGCUGACUCCUUCAGAUAUACUCAUCAAUUAAUCAUCACUCUCAAGAAGCACCGCGCAUGUUUUUCAGUCUUCGGAUUGCGCGCGCGCGCUCGCGAAGCUGCCGAGGGUUCUUGAUGUUCUACUGAUUUAUUCAAAGUUCGGUCAGCAAGUGUCCUCUGCUUCUUCGAUUCGGAACGAUUGUGCCCCUUCCUUCCUGCUCAACGUCAUGACCUCAUUCUUGCAUUUCCGUUUCGAUUCGUUUCCAAUCUGACCCAUACAUACUCUUGCUCUCUUUCGCCCUGAUGAUGCUUGAAAGUCGGCCGUCAAGUGUGUCCGUUUUUCAUUUAUUUCGUACUCAACUGACAGAUUGACACAGACCUGAGAACACUCUUCUUUUUUUCGGAGCGACUUGCUCAAUUCUACAGAUCCGAAUGAUAUUCACCCUGCUCUCCACGUUGCCCGUUCUCAUCAUCACUUCGGAACUCGACUAUUCGGAGCUCGUGCACUCGGCCGAACUAGGUAAGAAAGAGAGAGAGAGAGAGAGAGAGAGAGAGAGAGAGAGAGAGAGAUAGGAAAAGAAGUGGUGAAUGAUCUCUGGAGGAAAAGAAAUUAAUUUCAAUUCAGUCUCUUCCUCCUCCUCCUCCUCCUCCUCACUUCAUCACAAAUCUUUCAACUCUCGGAAACGGAACUGCACCCGAGACACCGAUAUAAUCGACCGACUUCUCAAUGGCACCGGCUACAACAAGUUUCGCAUUCCACGUAGGAUCUUUUGGGCUAAAAGCAAAGAAGUGUAAUAACAACAGUUGGAUUCAGAAGAGGAAGGGAUGACGGUGGUCGUGGAGAUUUGGAUCCAAGCGAUCACUUCCAUCGACGAGCUCACCAACGAUUUCGAUAUGGACAUUUAUAUUACGGAAACUUGGCUAGACCCAGCUCUGAACUUUGCGCAUAUGAGUCCGUGCAAAGGUAAUCUGAUAUCCAGUCUAAAGAUUGUUUCUGUAAAGUCAAACCUGUGGCCGUGGUCUAGAAAACCCCUCGGUCAUGUCAUCUUUUCCGGAUUUUUUGCGUUCGGCGCAAUGUUCAGCUGCCGAAAAUAGUGCAAGAGCAUCAAGUUAACUUUGACUUUGUGAUGUUCCGUUCAUAGGCAAUUCUGAGAUUUGGCACUCAGACAGUGUAUGUGGCAAUACAGAUAAUCAGACAAUAGUCCUUUUAUCAGCCAAAACCGUGAGCUUUCAGGAAAUCUCUCACUAAACCAUCAAGUUCUCGACCGUCUUUGGACGCCGAACAGUUGUUUCAUAAACAGCAAAGUGGCGCAAAUUCACAAUUCCCCAUUCAGGUUAGCCUCAGUCCUCUUCCUUUUCUGCAAGAAACUGUUCGUUUCAGAAGCGUCUUCCUGAUGCUCUUCCCGAACGGAACCGUGAUGGUCAACUACCGUGUGCGCGUGAAAGGUCCGUGCAGUUUGGAUCUCUCCAAUUUCCCGUUGGACCUUCAGAAGUGCAGCUUGAUUUAUGAAAGGUACUGAUUCUUUAUAGUUAGCCCGAACUUGUCUCGUUCAGUUUCAACUACAAUCGUCAAGAAGUGGAGAUGAAGUGGUCGGAUGCCGAGUUUCCCGUGUUCAAUCUCUCUAAAAUUGUCCUUCCCGACUUUGACCUUUUCGAAAUUCAGACUGCGCGGAAACAAGAGGUGAGAGCGCUUAUUUCCAGGCUUAGAACGGAGCUAAUUUUCAGAAUUACCCGGCGGGAAUGUGGGAUGAGUUGCAUGUUACGAUAAUAUUCGAAAGACGCUUCAUUUGGUACUUUAUGCAGGCGUAUCUCCCGACUUAUCUCACUAUCUUUAUAAGGUGAGUCAAUAAACUAUUCGUUUACAAAAAAGUUUCGAAACGGUAACAUUUGUAGUUGGGUCUCUUUCGCACUGGGCUCGCGUGCGAUCCCCGCGCGCACGAUGCUCGGAGUCAACUCUCUCCUCGCAAUUGUCUUCCAAUUCGGAAACAUUAUGAGAAACCUGCCGAGGGUGUCUUACAUUAAGGGAAUCGGUAGGGAUCACAGACGGUACUGAUCUAUUUCCCGUUUCAUUUCAGACGUUUGGAUGCUCGUCUCAAUGACGUUCAUCUUCUGUUCCCUUCUCGAAUUGGCGAUUGUCGGAUUCAUGGUUCGAGAUGAGACUGCGAUAAAGAGGAAACAACAGAAGAAGGUGUCGACGAAUGUGAGCUACUAACAUUUGAGCAAUAACAUAACCUUUCUGACAAAAUGAGAAGAUUGAAAAGUGAUAAAUGAUCGCAACUGAUUGCAGCCAUCGCGGGAAGAGUCUCCGCACGGAAUCAGCUCGGAACGCCGUUUCAUGUUCCCUCCCGGCUGCUCCGAAUCGACGAAAUCGCUGAAUGUGACGUGCGGAGCCGCAUGUUGGACGCCCGAAAGAAUCGAUUCCAUCUCGAGUGUCAUGUUCCCCUUCACUUUCUUCGUCUUCAAUGUACGCUCCCUGUAGCUUUCAAAUUCCAAUCCGUCUACUUUCAGAUCAUCUACUGGUUCUACUACAUUCACCGCAAAGAAAUCAUUCGCGAGAAUCUGGUCAAUCGAAUCGACGGAUAA